CAUGGAGGUCACAGCUCUCUGCUUCAGACUGAUGAUGCUUCAACUCAUUUUACUGAGGACUCAAGCUCAGAACAGUUACACUCAGAAAACAGAUGCAGAUUUUCUUCGUAUCACUCCAAACAGACUGCAGUACUUUCAUUAUGAACCAGUUUCUUUUGAAUGUGUUGGGUUUGGUGGCCUGAGCGACCUGAGAGUGAUCAGGAAAACUAAGGAAUUCAAACCAGUGUGUGAUAUAAAGAGGACGUCAAUGGGGUCCUUCUGCAGAAUAGAGAGAGCCUAUCCAUUAGACAGUGGAGAAUACUGGUGUGAGACAAAAGAAGGAGAGAGAAGCAGCACAGUCAACAUCACUGUCACUGCUGGUUCUGUGAUCCUGGAGAGUCCUGCUCGUCCUGUGGUGGAGGGAGACUCUGUGACUCUGCGCUGCAGGAACAAGACAAAGUCCAUCAACCUCCAAGCUGAUUUCUACAAAGACGGACAAUUAAUACACAGCAGUCCUGCAGGGGAGAUGAUCAUUAACAAUGUUUCCAAAUCGAACGAGGGGCUCUAUAAAUGCACAUUUACGAGUUUUGGAACGUCACCAGAAAGCUGGCUGACUGUGACAGAUGGUCCUGUGAUCCUGGAGAGUCCUGCUCUGCCUGUGAUGGAGGGAGACUCCGUGAGUCUGAGCUGCAGAAACAAAAGAAAUCCCGCCAACCUCCGAGCUGAUUUCUACAAAGACGGCACGUUAAUACACCGCAGUCCUGUAGGAGAGAUGAUCAUUAACAAUGUCUCCAGGUCUGAUGAAGGACUGUACAGGUGCAGCAUCUCUGGAUCUGGAGACUCAGCAGAGAGCAGACUGACUGUCACAGCUCUUCACAGAGAGACUUGUCCUCCUUCAUCUCACAUUUACCUGAUCUUAAGAACUGUGUUCACCAUUGUGAUGGUGGCUCUGCUGCUGCUGCUGCUGGGACUGAUGCACUGUGGGAAACUCAGAGUGUUUCAGAAAAAUACCUGAUCACCAGCAAAGGAGAUAAAAAAGAGACUUUUCACUUUUUCACUUUCUUCAGCAUCUGCUUUGUUUCGUCACUCUUACUCGUGUUAAAGUCGGUCGGCGUGCGGUCUCACAGUUUUCUGUAUCUCAUGUUGAUGAUCUGAGCUGCAGGAGCUGUUGAACUUUCUCACACUCAGAAAAGGUUCAAACCCACAGAUGUUCUGACUGAUGCAUGGACUAUUUUUAAAAAGCCUCCUGUCAGUUUUCUCACUGUGUGUUGGUCUGUGUGUUUUAGAUGCUGCAGAUGCUGCUGACAGUUUGAGCUCAGAAACAAACCACACGAGGAAAUGUGUUUAUGUAGACGAGGAGACGUUCAACUGAUAAAGACGUAUGAGUUAAAUUAGCAGAUGUUAAAUGAAACUUCUGCAUUAGUUUAAAAAUAACCCCAGAAAAUAAGAAACACUCGACGAGGAUUUGUUGUGUGGCGACAAAUUAAUAAUGUGUGGGAAUGAAAUCAUUAAGUCGUGGUUAUGCUUUAAUAAACUGAUCUCGUUCCCACACAUUAAGAAAACAGGAUCUGAACAGCAACAGGAAGACUGGAGAUGGACAGAUUUAUUUCACUCUUACAUGAAUAAAAACAUCCAGGUUGAAACUUUCCUGCUGAUGUAUGAUCACAGCCUUCACACAGGUCACAACACUGGCUUGAUGCACAAAACAUGGAAAAUAAAAGAAGCUCAGUUGUUGAUUUAUCAGCACAAGUACAAA